AGGUCAACAACCCAAAGUGUCACUGUCAUUUUCAUGAGAAUAAAAAUAAACAAAAUUAAAUUAAAUAAAAAGCCUUAUCAAUAAUAAAUCCAAUCAAUUCUUCAUAAAUGAAGCUUCUAAAGCCCAGUUGGGUCAAUCACGAUGAGAAACCAAUAUUUUCUGUGGACAUACAUCCCACUGGGAAACGUUUCGCGACCGGGGGACAAGGCGGAGACUCCGGCCGAGUGGUCGUUUGGAACCUAAACUCUGUUCUAUAUGAGGAGGUUGAAGUGGACCCAAAUGUGCCGAAAAUGCUCUGUCAAAUGGAUAAUCAUUUAGCUUGUGUAAAUUGUGUGCGGUGGAGCAAUGGUGGGCGGUACCUGGCGUCUGGUGGGGACGACCGGCUGGUGAUGGUGUGGGGGCUCAGUGUAGUAGCGGGUGCCACGGGAAAACACAAGGCAGAGACAUGGCGGUGCUUGAGCACAUUGAGGGGGCAUGCAGGUGAUGUACUAGACUUAGCGUGGUCACCGCUGGACAAAUGGUUGGCGAGUUGCAGUGUCGACAACACUAUCAUCAUUUGGAAUGCAGAGAAGUUUCCAGAACUGGUCUGUGUAUUGAACGGACACACUGGCCUUGUAAAAGGUGUUGCUUGGGACCCUGUUGGUAAAUACCUAGCUUCCCAAUCGGAUGAUAAAUCAUUGAGGGUGUGGAAAACCGCCGAUUGGGCGUCGGAAACCAUCAUCACUGAACCUUUUGAGGAGUGUGGAGGUACAACACACGUACUGCGCCUAUCGUGGUCCCCAGACGGUCAAUACGUGCUCUCUGCUCACGCGAUGAACGGCGGCGGGCCCACGGCGCAAGUGGUGGAGCGCGAGGGCUGGCGCUGCGACAAGGACUUUGUGGGCCACAGGAAGGCCGUCACCUGCGCGCGUUUCAACAGCAACAUCUUCGUGAAGGAAGGCAAGAAGUGUUGCUGCGCCGCAGUGGGUUCACGCGACCGCGCGCUGUCCAUCUGGCUGACGUCACUCAAAAGGCCACUCGUGGUUGUACACGAACUUUUCAGCGACAGCGUAUUGGACUUAUCCUGGAGUUCUGAUGGUUUAAAUCUUUUAGCAUGCAGUUCGGACGGUACCGUUGCGUGUAUACAAUUCACUAACAAAGAAAUUGGGACACCGCUCACUAUAGAAGAAAAGAACUCCUUUUACGAGAAAAUAUAUGGCAAAUGUUUGGCCAACGAAUCUGGUGGCGAUUUGUCUUCCAACUUAUUGGUCGAAUCUCAUGAGAUACUGCUGGCUCGGGACAAACAGGAAGCUAAGAAGGAACCUCCCAAGGAUGAGACCACGCCCAAAUGUGAUAAAACACAGCUUAAACCAGUACUAACGCCUUCGCCCUCCGUGUCGCGCGACACCCCGUUACGACCGAUGGACCGACAGAUCGAGACCAGGACGUCGGACGGCAAACGACGGAUAACUCCUGUCUUCAUCCCCCUCACUAGCGUUGAUGCCAACGAAUCCCUAGGUUCUCAACCGGCUACGGAGAGUUGCUUCAGUACAUCGUCUCAGAGCAAGUCGCGGAUCCGAGUGGAGAGGCGUGACGACAUCGUCAUACACCCCAACGUGAGCAACCAUGCCACUGCCUCGAGGAGCGACAAUGGCCUAGAUCAGCGGCUCCGCAAGCGCACAGCAUCGUCCCUGCCCGGGCCCAAAGCGGACGAGUUACAAGUGAAGAGGUCCUGCGCUUCUCCCUCUAACGCGAUCCCCAAUGCCGCAAACGCCAGCCCCCUAGCUCCGGCCCUGCCCGCGCCCGCUUUGGGCACCGCCGGACCCGUGGUGCGCGCCGCGGGGGCUUUGAGGUUACAGGUGGUAAAUAAGGCGUGCAGCACAUACUACGGGACGCUGUCCAGGCUGGAGCUGAUCCCGAACAACUCGGCAUCCAAUGACCCCGUGUGGGAGACGUAUUUAGGGUCGCCGGUGACAAGUAUCGCGUGCGACGCGCGCUGGGCGUGCGUGGCGUGCGCGGACGGCACGCUGCACGUGUGGGCACUGGCGCGCGCCAACGCGCAACGCGCGCUUCCGCCCAUUGCGUUGACAUCCCAAGCAGCUAAAUUAACAUUGUCAGGCGACACACUGGCCGUAGUGACGACGUUUGCCACACUGGCGAUAUGGGACCUCGCCACCGCCUCCUGCGUCAUACGACCUCUGUGCUUCAGGAAUUUACUGUCACAUGGGGUGACAGUAACCGGCUGCUCGCUGUUAGAGGACGGCAACCCCAUGAUCUCACUCAGCAACGGAAAAAGCUUUAUUUACUGCAAGAAACUAUGUGCUUGGGUAGUAUGGUCAGACGCGGGGGACCCCGUGCGCCGCGCGGGUGGAGGGGUGGGGCCGCGCGCACCCAAACGCGCGCCGCGACCGCCGCCCGCCCUGCCCACGCCUGGUCGUGCGAAAGCGCUGUCGGGCGCGGCGCGUAGCUGGCUAGAGGCGCAGGUGUCGGCAUGCCUGCAUCUGCGACUGGCGUCCGACUACCGGCACUGGCUCACCGCACUCUUCGAACACUUACUGCAUCACGGUACUGAAGAGCAGUUAAGAAACAUGUUGGACGAUAUGCUCGGACCUAGCCAUUGUACAUCGACACCUAAAAAAUGGCAGAAUACGAUAUUGGGUAUAAAAAAGCACGAUCUUUUAGAAGAGAUGCUCUCCCUGUUAGUGCGUCAGCUGCGGUGGCAGCGACUCUACACAGAAUACAACGAUCAGCUCAGCAGCCUCACACAGACCAGCGCUAUGGUCAACGGGUACUAGCCGGCCACGCAGACGGGCUACAAACAUUGCUGGCAAUAUUGCCCGGAAAUUAAGUUUUUAUUUAAAUUAAAAUUGUACCUUACUGCAAACCUUGCUGGCAAUAUAGCCCGGAAAAAAUAUUUCUUUAAAAUCUGAGUGCGCGAGUCUGACUCGCAUUUGCCCGGUUUUAAAUGGAUGAUAAAAAGACAAGAUCUUUUAGAUUAAAAUGUUCUCCCUCUUAGUGCAUCAACUAUGAUCAAUGAACCCUGCACUUUCAUACUUGUGAGUGCUUCAUAUACGGGCUAAAUUGUCAGCAAUAUUGGCUAGCAAUAAAUGAUUGUAGCACUUUAAAAACACUUGGUAGUUGGCAGCUACUUUAUAGCAUAGGUGUUAAAAUUGAAUCUAAAACAACUAAAGGCUGUUGGUAUUAAUAAAUAUUAAUGACACCAUGAUGCCCCCGACUUCGUCCGCGUGGGUUUAGGUUAUUCUUAUGGAUUUAAAUCCCAUGGCAACGUAUUUAUUUUCCGGGUGAAACAGUAGCCUCUCAGUAAACUCAAGUAUAUCCGUGCAACAAGUGUAAAUUAAAAAUUUAUAACACCCCGACAAGUGAAGGUUACAGUAACUAGAAAAGAGCUGAUAACUUUCAAACGGCUGAAGCGAUUUUCUUAGAUUACAGC